AACAUCGAUUUUUGAGAUUCAGAUCAGCAGAUCAGUCGGACGUUCGCUGGCAUCGGUGCACGAGAUCCCCAAACUAAAAUUAACCGGUGAUUUGGUGCGAUUUUGCGAUUUAUUACCGGACUUUUUGCGGACAAGUCAUUUGAAAGUCGAUGCUAAUUUCAUAGGAUAAACAAUCAAAAAUGAAUAGCUGGAACUUGAUUUUGUCUAUCAUUCUAGCAUGCUCUAUUUCGACAGAGGCUGGAUUCAUCUUUGGCCAACCCUGCAGCGACCGAAACACGGCCUAUCUCUACCCAACCACCUGGACCAUUCCGGAAAACGCAACCCAGUGCGUCGACGUCACUGGUUACAGGAACCAAACCAACCCGCAACAUCACGAAGCUUUCUUAAAACUGGUCCCCGAAGCCACCAGUUUUUUUGCUGACCACAUGAACCUCAGUGUUUUUCCUUUGGACAUGAUUAGGCUGUUACCAAGCGUCGAAACCAUAGAUUUAUCAGGAAAUCAACUCAGGAGAAUACCGUUUAAAACUGAUCUGUGGGUUCCAAAGUUAAGCAAAUUGAUGCUGGCUGAUAAUAGUCUUUUUAUACCCAAAAAACGGCCUUUAAUGAGAUCGAUGUCUGUGAAAAUGCUGAUGCUGAGCAGGAACGGGAUAUCCAGACUGUAUCCAAUGACUUUUUCAAAGUUACCUUCUUUACAAGUAUUGUAUUUGGAUGGAAAUAAACUUAAAAUGAUUCAGCCCGAAGUUUUUAAGCCGCUAUAUGCCUUGAAGUACUUGCAUUUAGGUGAUAAUGCUUUGAUGAAAGUUCCUCCCAAGACUAGACUGCCAGAGCAGUUGAAGUUUUACAUAACUAAAAGUCAAAGGAAACUUCCUAUAAAAUAAAAAAAAAUUGAAAAGAAUUUUUUUGUUAUAUAUUUUGUAUGUGUUGUAAAUAUGUAUAUCUAGAAUAUGUUCUGUGUGUCAAAUAAGUUUAAAGUCUAGUCAUUUAUAAAUAUUUGUAAACACCUAUUUUGUUCUGUUAAUAUACAGGGCGAGUCUUAAAGACGUACACAUAUUUUCAGUGUUGUCAGAUCUCGAUAAAAGAAAUAUAUUUGUUUCUGUACAGUUUUUUAAAUAAAUCCAAAAUAGCCCAGUUAUUUUUCUUCGAAAAUGAGAAAAAAUGUUUUUUUUGCUUAAAUUUUGAGAACCACUGGAUUCUUUCUGCGUUUUCGUUCGUCUACCUAUGUUGCCAUAUUAUAAAGAUAUUAUAUUUUUUCGAAAAAUUUAAAAUUUUUAGACCUGUGUUACUGGCAUCGAAAUAUACCAUCACACUAUGGUUUCUAGUAGCUAAUUUUUUGGCCAUAAUACAUAUUUUAGACCCACUGCCACUGUAUAUGGACUUUUUUUGUAAGUGGAAUGCAAGCAGAUAUACAAAUGAAGAAUACCACAUGCAUAUAUUAUUAUUUUUGUUUAGUUUUCAUUUUUAUUCCUUAUCAGCAUUUAUAUUUAGACGUUCUAGUGAAGUAUUUGUGCCUAUUCAGUUGUUUACUUUUGGAAGAGUUUUAGUGAAUAUUAAGUGAUAUAUUUCAGUGGGAUAUAAAAACAUAUUACUGUUAUUUUUACACUUUAUGGUGUGUAUUUUUAAGAAAUCACUAACAAUUGCACAUAAGAAUCAGCGUCCAUUAUUUUUUAAUUAAUUAAAAAUAAUGAGUUUAAGACAGAACAUAAAUAAAAAGUUAAAAGUUUAGUUUGACUUAUAAAAAAUUCUCCAUGUUUCUCCAUGCUAGAUGUUAUUGUAAAAUUUGAAACAAUCCUUUGUGAACAUGUCAAAGAAAAAAUUGGCUGCUACUAGCUGCAACUUUUUUUUUUAAGUUUUUUUUUCUUUUAUGUAGGUAUCGAUUGAAAAAAAUAGAUAUUUUGGAAAAAUGGCUACAAGGGGCCGAUAAAGUUGAGAAAAACGGGUAUGUUUCAAAUUUUGUAAGACAGAAAUUUCAGAAUAAUGAAUAAGAACUAUCAGGCACAAUAGAAAAAAGAUAAAUCGCCUUUGUAAAAAUUUUGAAAGAAGAUGGCAGGCGGCUUCGCGGCUUAAAGGUUUAUUUUUAAAACAAAAUGAAGAGUGGUUAAAGGAGGAUUUUAUCCUUGAGUUAAAUGAACCCCUUCCAUCCACAUCAUCUGCCGGCCGCCCACGAUUACCUUUUUCGGAGCAAUCUUCCAGAACCCAGAGAAGAACGGCCUCAAAAGUUUCCGAGGAACAUAGGCAGGAUUGCGCUUUAUUUGUGCAGGUUGAAAAAUACUUUACUUGUGCAGGCUGCUUUGUAACUUUAGUUAUCCUGCCGAUGUACUUACUUGUGUACCUGAUUUUAUCGAAAAGAAGUUAAAUGAAGAACAAUUUGGAGAGAAGCAUGGAAAAGAAGAAGAAUACGAGGAGGAAGAGCAAGAAGAAGGAGAAAUGCAUAAACAAGAAGAGCAAGAAGAUAUUUCUAAAGAAGAUUGUUUUUGAACAGCAGUAAUUUGAUGAUUGAUCAACUUUCUUUUUUGGAACUAGAUACAGAAAAUGCUUCAUAGGUAAAAGUUAAUCACACGAAUUGAAUUGAAUGAGAAGAUUAAAAAUAAUUUCAUUUUAUUAGUAUUUUAUUAUUUUAUUAAAAACACAAAUUUACAGUCAAUAUUUUUCAUUAAAUGUAAGUUGUUUAAUUUUGGCCAAAAAAGUAGCUUCUAGAAACCAUACUGCAUCCCUAAAAAUAUGUUUAUUUUUUUAAGACUCACCCUGUAUAAUCUUCUCAUAUAAUAUCUACGACAUUCUUAUGAGAAUUUAUAUUUUCUAUUAAUAGUUUAUACAGGGUGAGUCAUAAAUAAGUGCAAAUAUUUUCAAGGGUGGUAUAUUUCGACCCCAGGAACACGUCUAUGAGGCUUUUUUCGAAAAAAAAAAGAUGUUGAUCGUGCAUUUUCUUUUAAAUUUCCCUGUAUAUUUUUCGAAAACUUUUUAGAACUGCCUGUUCACCGCAAAUUUUCCCACGGUAUAAUUUCUUAAUCUUUGAUAUCGCUUUAUUCUAUCGUUACGGCACUAAAAGGGAUGCAAAUACAGAAAAAAUCCGGUGGCUCUCAAAAUUUUUUCAGAAAAAAUCAAUUUUUUUAAAAUUUUCAAACUUAAAUUAACUCGGUUAUUUUGGACUUAUCUGAAAAAUGGUAAAGAGAAAAAAUGUUUCUUUUAUCGAGAUCUACCAGCCCUGAAAAUAUUUGCACUUAUUUAAGACGCACCCUGUAUAUCCUUAUAUUGAUGAAAUUCGUAUUUAUUUAAUACAAGCAAGAAAUCUUAGAUGCAGGUGUAAAUAUUUUUUUUGUAUUUUAUUUUUAAUUUUUAUAAAAGUGUCUUUUAAACUUACCUUAUUUAAAAAUAUUAAUGUUAGAUUUGGUAUUGAAUAUGAAUUUUAGCGAAUUUUUCUUUAAUAUAGAAAGUUAUUUAUCC